CUGCGGACCAGCACUUUUCGUUCUUUUUGCAUAGCGCGUGGCAUCGUGUCAGUCCAUUGUCGGUGUGACUAAUUUUUUUUAUCCGUAAAUUUCUACCAAAAGAUCCCCAAUUUAAAAUGAAAUUGUUCAAGGACCUCAUCUCUGGCGACGAAAUGUUCUCAGACACCUACAAAAUGAAACUCGUCGAUGAUGUAAUCUACGAAGUUUACGGAUCUCUAGUUAGUCGCUCCCAAGAUGACAUCAAAAUCGAAGGUUUCAAUCCAUCUGCCGAAGAAGCCGACGAAGGAACCGACACCAAUGUCGAAACUGGCGUCGAUAUCGUUCUCAAUCAUCGCCUUCAAGAGUGCUUCGCUUUCGGUGACAAAAAAUCAUACACUCUCUACCUUAAGGACUACAUGAAGAAACUCAUUGCCAAGCUGGAAGAGAACUCACCCGACCAAGUCGAUAUCUUCAAGACAAACAUGAACAAAGUCAUGAAGGAGAUUUUGGGACGCUUCAAGGACUUGCAGUUCUUCACCGGCGAAUCUAUGGACUGCGAUGGUAUGGUUGCUAUGUGUGAAUAUCGCGAUAUCAAUGGAAAGAGCACACCCGUCUUUAUGUUCUACAAACACGGUCUCGAAGAAGAGAAAUUAUAAGGCAAGCACACAACAACAAUGGCUGAAAAAUUAAAACAACCAUCAUAAUAAUUAUUAAAUUAUAAAAAAAAAAAAUACAAGAAAUUUUUUCUUUUUUUUUUUUUAUUUUAAUUUUUCACCUUA